AUGACGUUAUUCACUCGAGUGGUGUGGUUUACUCUGAUUUUUUUCUCGUCUACGUUUUCUUUGACAUCGGAAACAAAUGUGUUGUUAAAGCCCAAAGAUUCUUGUCGAAAUGAAUCCACCGUUCUGAGUGGAGAGAAUGGUUUAAUAACGGUUUACAACGCUGUUGCCAAACGAAACUGUGUUUUUCUCAUCUCUGUGCCUGAGCGCCGUUACAUUGAGAUCAACAAUAUCGAAUUUCAGAACAGUGAUCAGUCGUGUGCCCAGCAGCAUGUCGCACUAUAUGAUGGCGAGAACGAGCACUCGCCGUUGAUGGCGCGGUUCUGUCGUGAUCAGCAUGUGCACCCUCCAAAUAUCGGAUUUGCGUCAAGCGGAAGACACGUGUACCUUGUUGUAACGCAGGGAGGUGUGACAGGGAAUCUAACUACGUUUUACUUUCAAACAUCAUAUAAGAUAUGGCGGAAACCGCCACCCGUGCCCUUUGCAUUAUGCACGGACUAUGAUGGAAUUAGAUCGCCCUCUAGCGUACGUGGUGGAUUAAUUACUGCCCAUGAUGGCUAUCCUCAGCCAUACAACUCAGCUAAUACGUCAUGCAAUCUUUCUAUUACUGGAACUGAUCCAGACGAAAGGAUUUAUUUAAAUUUCAUGGAAAUGUCCACACAUGGGAAUGAAAAAGAGAAUUCUGGUUGCCUCCUUGUUACCAACGACGAUCCAUCUUCGCCACCAAAUAUUGUAGGAAAGUUUUGUGGAGGAGUCGCAUUCAAUAAUAUCACACCAAAGUCUUCCAAUUUGGUUCUUACACUCACAAGUCGUUCAUCUGACUCAACCUCAACCUGGAGUGUGGACUUUUUAGCAGCGUUUACAAUAUAUUAUAUUGCAGAUCCUGUUACUGGUCACUGUAAAAAUGGAAGCAACGAUUUUCAGUGUCGUAAUGAUUGGUGCGUUGCACGCUGGAUGAGAUGUGACGGGUCAUAUCACUGCUCCGACCAUUCAGAUGAAGACUUCUGUGAUAUGAUGCCAGCUACAUCGUACGUUGCCAUUUUGUCUGGCACCGGAUUAGGUUUACUCGGAGUUUGGAGCUUUAUAAUGGUGCUGUUAUUUGUUCGUUCCAGUGGGGCUAGAGAAGCGCAAUUCAGUUACUGUGGUCGUCGUAAGCAAAGAUCAAAUCGUUCGUGGAAUAGUAACCAUGGUAAUACAAAAAGCGGCGAUAACGAGUCAUGUGCGUAUAAUUGCAAUGAGAAUGGGAACAAGUUACACGUAGUACCCGCGCCCAGUGAACGUUCUUUACUGACACAAAACAACGUUCUUGUUUGUGAGAAGCCUGGCAUGUCAGCUUCCAUUUCAUGCCUUGAUAUCUUGGAGGAGGAGGGAAUACUGUGA